CUGUGUACGCAGCAAUGUUUGGCACUGUUCAUUUAGUUCUUGACGCACAGAACCGCCUCUACAAAUAAUGUCCAAAGUUUUUCCUCAACAAAAGAAGGAACACAUCUGAAUGAAGAAAAUUAAACUCGCUCUUUUAGAUUCAUAUUUUGACAGUUUUCUUUUAGGUGGGCGGGUCUGUGGACUUGGCACUUUGACGCAUUUGCGUUGUAGCCGCACAUCUGGAGAGCGGGUUCGUUCUGAAUUCAAAAACAAACUUCCUUCCUCCAGCAGCACGGGCAGUAAAUUACAUCCCCGAAAUAAUUGCGCAUGUCUGACCUGUCAGUUCAUCUGAUGCGUGUUGAAACAGAGUUAGGCAAAGCUGUGACUUGAGCCGCCGUCGGUGGAUGGACAGCCCCGGCUACAGCAGCCCCCCAAACAGCUGGAUGUAGUGUGGAAACAUCUGCAGCGCCUGUUCCACAGCAGCUGAAGAGCUCCGUGCCGAAAGUCCUGACUGAAACAUCCCAGGAAUGGGUGUGUGUAUCACAGACUGAGGGGACAUGAUAGAAACCCUUUUGUCUUUAUCUGGAUUUAUCUGCAGCAGUUUAACGCGCGCAGGGAUACCCAGGUAAUCUGAUCAGACAGGAAUGAAUGUGAUGAGGCUUUCCUCUGAGGAGCUGCGUUCUCUCCCACCGAGACCACCGGUCGUACCUGAGGCUUCACCGAAGAGACGGUUUGUCAAGGUGGGAAGGAAGACAAGUGAUGGCUCUCAGCAAUCAGCCUCUUCCACUUCAUCAAGCAGCAGGUCAGCCGAGGGCGUGGCCAUCAGACAGCCCAGCAAGAACCGCAUCCGUCGCCAUACCAACCGUCUCUCGGGUGUCUUCCUCCGCGUCCCCUCCUCAGGCUCAGGCUCCAUGGCUCUGACGGCAGGCAUCAGGUCCUCACUGUCUAUCCAACCCAGGAAAGGCAGCGUGAUCUGUGCAGAUGUGUUAAAAGCUGACGACCCAUCGGAGCUGUCCAAUCAGAUAACUGCUCCGGGGAUCCUGAAGAUCUUCGGAAAUGACAUCUGCGAGGGAGCUCACUACAAGAGCGUCCUGGCGACCACUCACUCCAGCGCAAAGGAGCUGGUCAAAGAGGCCCUUGAACGGUACGGCCUGGGGAAAAGGGAGGCAGAGUCCUACGUUCUUUGUGACACCAUUGGCUCCAUUGGCGACCAACAGUGGAAGACGGAAGGUUUCCGAGUCGUGGGCGACAAUGAGAAGCCCCUCCUCCUGCAGUCACUAUGGAAACCCAGAGAGGGCCUGGCGAGACGGUUUGAACUCCAAAAGAGGAGCUCUGUGGAGGAGAAGACGUCCAAAGACAAAGACACCAUUACUGCUGGUAUCAAUGCCCAGGCUCGAAAGCUGCAGAAGAGCCGCUCCAGAGUGACCUCCACCUUCAUGGAGAGGACGAUGGGACGAAACUAUAAAAUGUGGAGGAGCAAAAGUGAGAUGGACCUCUUGGACUCUGAUGCGGAGAACCAAGAGGACGCCGAUCACGAAAACUGUCCGAAGGAUCGAAGCGUGAGCCUGAAUCACAGUUCGGUACAGAGUUUCAAGCGUACAAAAACAAGCCCUGAACAGAAUCGCAUUCACAGCAUCGCAGCGCCCCCCGAGGGGGACGGAGGCUCGCGGGCUAAAACAGAGACCCUCUGUCCAUCCAAGCUGAGAGGCAAGCGGGAAGGAGAGGAGUCAGAGAGGGAGGAGACGGAGAGCAGCGACGAGAGCAACACACAGUUCUCCAUUCACCCUCCUCACGACUGUCCAUACCUGCUGCUGCUGCAGGGCUGCAGCCCCGCACAGGACUUUGUCAUCUACCUUCUCGCCGGACAAAACAUUGUAUUUGGUCGGCAAAGUGACAUCGAAGACGGGUCCAAGCCUGACAUCAUUCUCUUUGCCGCUGACAUCCUGCCCAGACAUUGCUAUUUUCAUCGCCACAGCGUUGGCAGCCCCACCAUGAUAGGCCCUUGUCAAGACGCCACGGUCAUGAAGAACGGCCAGGUGCUGAGAGAAGAAGUGCAGCUUAACCCUGGUGAUGUCAUUGGGCUGGGGCAAUGCUACCUCUUUCUUUUCAAGGAUCCCUUAGCUUUGACACCCAAGGAAGUGAGCAAUACUACUUCUGGACCCAACAUGGCUGCUGUCCCCUGGAUGCUGGAUCACACCACUUCUGCCUCAACAAAAAGCAACUCUGUAAUCCUCUGCAACACCUGCAUUUCAAAUUUCACUGACCUCCAGAGCUCGGGCAGCAAACAGUCUCUCAACAGAGGCCCUCCCGUUUUAAAAUCACCCAAAGGUCACAGCCUGACUCUGAAAUACGAGACAGAGGACGAGUAUUGCAUUGUUAAGGAGAUCCUCUCUAUCGGAAGCAGCAUCAAAGACAGACGACCACUGACUGCUUCUUUUUUGCUGUGCCUGUGUGUUCAGUAUUCAUCAGCAAGUCUUCACACGUCAGACCUGCGCAGGCUGCUGUUACUUAUUGCAAGUGGAGUUCAGAGUGCCUUGUGGGAGCACACUAAGGACCUGGCUGCUGCUCAACCUGAACAACUCAAUAGUGAAAGCUCAAACAGCGAGGACCUCCAGGAUCUUGCACUGCACGAGGUGAUGUCUGGACUGCGCCCCCUGGUGGUGUGGAUGUCAAACAGCCUGGAGCUGCUGCAUUUCAUCCAGUUCCAGCUGCCUGUUAUUCUGGAGUGGAGAACCCGAAAGGAGCAGGGACUGGAAGAUGAAACAGGAGGGGAAGAUGAAGAGAUCAAGGAGGUGGAGACCUGGGCCCUCUUGGAGCUCCGCCUGUCCUGUAUUCGUUCAGCCAGUGAGGAAACAUUAGCUGUCCUGGAGGAGGUCUUGUUGCUAGCCUUCCAGCAGUGUGUGUACUACACCACCAAGGUCCUGUACCCCAUUCUGCCGGGCCUUCUGGACUACGACCUGUCCAGGGGGAGUCCUGAGCUGGAGGUGACUGUCGAGAGCGCUCCGGUCCUGGGUAAGGGUGGGCUGCAGGUCCCUGGUGAGAUCCAGCAGCUCGUGGAGGUUCUGACCGAGACCUGGAAACUGCUGUCGGACUGCCAGCUCCACGCAGAGAUUUCCUCGCAGCUCAUUGGCUACCUCUUCUACUUCAUCAAUGCGUCACUUUUCAACUCACUCAUGGAGAGAGGCUCGGAGCGGGGCUUUUACCAAUGGUCCCACGGUGUUCGCAUGCGGUCCAAUCUUAACGUUCUCCUUGACUGGGCUCACACAGCUGGACUGGGAGAACUGGCCUUGAAGCAUACACACACUCUCUCGUCUGCAAUUAAUCUGCUAGCUGCACCGAGAAAGAUCUUAUUACAGAAAUCCUGGCUGGACCUGCGGUCUGAGUACCCUGCCCUGAGUCCGGCCCAGCUGAACCACCUGCUGAGUCUGUACAGCCCAGCGUCUCCCCUCAAACACACCUGGGCUCCGUCUGCUCUCGACCAGGCUGCAGCACAAAAAACCGAUGACAUCCUGGAGAGUUUCGACACCCAUCAUCCUCUUGUGCUGCCAGACAGUGGUUACCAGUUCCAGCUGAGAAGCGAGGUCACAGAUGUGUGGCUGAGUGAGCAGCUGGACAAGCUCAAGGAGUUCAUUUGCACCCUCUCUGACUCAAAGUAUGAGGUGGUCAACGCAACUGAUGAGCAAAAGGUUGGUACCAAUCCCAGCGAGGCCAAACUGAUUAAGAUGGAUAUCCGACCAGCAGUCAGUCAGGAAUCCUUGGACAAAUCGGCCACUGAAAUGGUGUCAUCUUUGUCUACUGUCCAUGAACUCCAAUUCCCCUCUCCUCCCUCUGCUGCCUUACCUCCAACACCCCCAUCACCACACUCUCCUGCCCCCGCUCAGUACUUUAAUGAGAUCGGCUCCUGCGGUGCCCUCCUUUUGUCCCAUAAGCUCAGAAAUCUGGAGAUGCAGAGCAGAGAGACCGACACGGGUUCAACGAGGAGGUCAGCUCUGGACCCGACCUGUCUCCCCACCCCACCUAACACCCCCCACAUCAUUCAUCCUAUCGAUUUGGUGAAGGCAGAUAAAUGGGUGAGGGGUGAGAGUGAGGCCCUCCCCUGGUCGUCCGGUGUGGAUGCACAUGAGAAAGGUGGAUUAGUGUUUGAAUGUCUGUCUGCACUGAAAGGAGACUCUUUGAAAUCAGAGUACCCCAGUUUGAAGAGAUUUGUUAAGCUUAAAGAGGAAGAGGAGAAUGAGGCGGAGGAAGAGGCCAAGGACCAUUAUGAUGACAAAGACUAUGAGCUUUUUAGUUUGGAGCUGGAGCGAGGUGCCUGUGGAGUUGGUCUUGCUCUGAUUGACACAAGGGACACCAACAUGAGGGUGAAAGGCGUUUUUAUCCGUGCAGUGGUCCCAGACUCUCCUGCAGCCCGCUGUGAGAAGCUGCAGCCAGGAGACCGGAUCCUGGCUGUCAAUGGAGUCAGUCUGCUCGGAAUGGACUACCAGAGUGGAAAGGAGCUGAUCCAGUCAUCAGGUGAUAGACUGAGGUUACUGGUGGCCAGAUCUGAAUGGAUGUCUAAGGCUAUAAAGGCUGAUUGCUGACAGCGUCUUUUCACAGAGACAUUAAAUGCACCACUUGAAGUUGAGUAGAAGAUCUCGUUGACAUUCAGUCAUCUUUGCUGUCAGUUGUUUUCUGGACCGAGCCUGGCUCUAUUCAAGCCUUCAUGUUGAGCAGUAUGAUAGAACUCUUAAACCAGAUGCAGAAGGAUACUUAUCCAUCGCUUGACAUCCACCAAUCACAAAGUCUUCCAUAUAGUCACACUGAAAGUCGCCGCUAGAAGGACUACAGGUGAGGGGCAGCUUGAACAUCAUUUGAAGGAAACCUCAGCACGUGAGAGAGCUGGACAACAAGUAGGUGCUGUUACCUGAACGUCAACUCGCCUGCAACAGACUGGUUCCCCUUUUUACUUCUAAUAACACUAUCUCAGCAUGACCCCAUUGUAAAGUUCAUCAGAUAUACUAGUCUGCUGUUAACAUGAGAUCACUGCAACACGACCAUUCAACAUUUGUCUGUGCAAAAACAACAAUAACUAACUGAUGUGUCAUUUGUUUGCCAAUCUGUGUUUUUGCUUUUCAAUUCAUCAUGUGCAUAAUGUGAUGGGAUACAGGAUCAAUGUUGUUGAUAAAAGCAGUUUUGAAUUGAAUAUUAUCACAUUUAUUUAAUGUCAUUCAUCCAUAACCAGAUCUUUUCAUGAGCUCUUAUUAUCGCAGGUUCACAGUCACAAUGAUACCAACAUGUUUUUCUUUAAACUAUCAGGUUCAGUUUUGAUUUUAUUUUCGCUGCUCAUUUUAUUAGCUCAUGUCUGUUUGAUGUUGCAGUAAUAAAUACAUUUUAAUCCUC